CAGGUAUUCAGUUUCAGAAAUCCUUUUGUUCUUGAAGUAGACGUGAAACAAAACCACUCUUCACCAUGAAAGCCUUCGUAGCAAUGCUAGCAUGCUUAGCCAUCACUGCCAGCGCAGUACCACUUGGUACAGAAUACCAAUCAAGGACUGAUGAAAUCAAGGAAUUCCUUGCGCGUUAUGAUCCCGCAAGAAUUUCUGACGUAUCCCUUGUUUUACUUGACGCAGUGACCGUUACACUGGCAUCGGCAUCAGUGAGUGGUUUCUCCAAAUUUACCUUCCCAGAAUGGAGCAAUGAUGGUGAAAACAUAGAAGGUACUUUCGAACUUGCCACCCUUGCUGCUAAUGUGGACAGCCUUAACGUAGAACUUGACUCAGGGCUUACCGCAGCUGUUCCAGCACUCGACGCCUCCGUUGAUGGACUGACCGUUGAAUUUAAACUCUCCUACACCACUUCACCUCUUCGUUUGACUUCCCUUUCAGCUCUUCUUCAAGUUAAAGACGUUUCCGUUGAAGGAAGUGUAAAAAUUAACGACCUCAGCCUUGACUUGUCAGUUGGCAGCGAAGUUGUUGAAAGAAUCAACAGCAGGGCAGUUGAAGCACAGGAAAGAGUGAGCAGGGUCCUUAUGAAUGUCGUCAACCGUAUUCUUGCUAUUGUCGAUCCAUGAGGUCAUUUACUGAUAAACGAAAUGUCCUUGAAGUAUUUUCCAUAAAAAUAUAAAUAAAAAUAUUUGCAAGCA